AUGAAGGGUUUCAGACAGAGAGUGCACGAGCAGUUGUCGAGAGCGAAAGAUAAUAAGUCGUCGAAAAAGAAGGAUCCGUCGCAAGCUUCCUCGCAGAACCCGGCCAACCUGGGCAUCCACCAAGGCCAACAAUCCGCCUCUCCCAACCAGGUCACCCCGACGUCGUCUACCACAUCCGUCAAUGAUAUUAGAGGAAAGGCCCCUGAAGAUGCUUCGCAAGCGGGAGCGUACCCUCCGGGUCAGUAUUAUGCCGCGCAGGAUGGAGGUGCCGUUAGUCAACCUAACGGAGAACCAGGUACUCCCACAAAACAAGGGCAACCGAUGGCUCCGAGUGUGGUGAUCAGCCCCAGCGCACCGCAUGCCCCUCCUCCCGGCGCCGCUGAGACAAUGCCAGGAGACCUGGCCCCUCCCAGGAAGUCCCAUGUCUUCGAUCGCCUUCAAACGACCCCGAAGGAUAUGUCGGAGGGUAUCCGGACUCCCAAGCGCCAGCAUUCGUCCCGAUUUGAUAUCUCCGACCAGCGCCAGAGAGAGUUGGAAAAGCUUCCCGGCUUUCACGAAGUGCCCCCGAACCGCCGCCAAGAACUCUUCAUGCAGAAGAUCGAUCAAUGCAACAUUAUAUUCGAUUUCAAUGACCCUACGGCGGACAUGAAGUCCAAGGAGAUCAAGAGACUGGCACUCCACGAGCUCCUGGAUUAUAUUGCCAACAACCGCUCGGUCAUCACAGAGCCCAUGUAUCCUCGCGUGGUUGAAAUGUUCGCAAAGAAUCUGUUUCGACCUAUUCCACCCCCAAUCACACCCCAGGGUGAGGCAUUCGACCCGGAGGAGGACGAGCCAGUUUUGGAAGUCGCUUGGCCCCAUAUUCAGGUCGUUUACGAGUUUUUCUUGCGGUUUAUCGAAAGUCAGGACUUCAAUACAAACAUCGCAAAGGCUUACAUCGACCAUCAUUUUGUGCUUCAGUUGCUAGAGCUGUUUGACUCCGAAGACCCGCGAGAGCGCGAUUUCUUGAAGACUACCCUUCAUCGCAUUUACGGAAAGUUCUUAAAUUUACGCUCAUAUAUUCGACGAUCUAUCAACAACGUCUUUUUCCAAUUUACAUACGAGACCGAGCGAUUCAACGGUAUUGCCGAGUUGCUGGAAAUCUUGGGUUCCAUUAUCAACGGCUUUGCUCUCCCGCUGAAGGAAGAGCACAAAUUGUUCUUGACUCGAGUUUUGCUUCCGAUGCACAAAGUCAAGAGCCUCAGCAUGUAUCACCCACAGCUGGCCUACUGUAUUGUCCAGUUCCUCGAAAAGGACUCAACGUUAACAGAAGAUGUGGUCCUCGGUUUGCUGCGAUACUGGCCUAAAACCAACAGCACCAAGGAAGUUAUGUACCUUAACGAAGUGGAAGACAUCUUCGAGGUGAUGGACCCGGCGGAAUUUGCUAAAGUUCAAGAGCCACUCUUCCAACAACUGGCCAAGUCGGUUGCAAGCCCUCAUUUCCAGGUCGCCGAGCGUGCACUUUACUUCUGGAACAAUGAGUAUUUCUGCAACUUGGUCAGCGAUAAUGUUGAGGUCAUUCUGCCAAUCAUGUUCCCUCCCUUGUUCGAGAACUCCAAGGGUCACUGGAAUAGGACUAUCCAUAGCAUGGUUUAUAACGCGAUGAAGAUGUUCAUGGAGAUUAACCCUCAGCUCUUUGACGAGUGCUCACACGAAUACAACGAAAGGCAGAAUAGCGCCGACCUGCGCGAAAAGGCUCGACAGAGCCGAUGGGAAAAGGUCGCUGAACGGGCUGCGGCUCGCCAGAACGGUGCUCCCCUGCCGCCAUCCACGUCGACGGCUGAAAUUCCCCUGCAGCUGGACGACAUCGAUGCUCUCACUCAGGAAAGCCAGAAUAGACUUCAUUCGCUGAAACUGGAUGAGCCUAGUCCCGCAAAGGACCGAAGGCCUCGAGAGGGCUCCAUUACUUCGAAAGCGUGA